GUUCUAUUGUUCUUCUAUGAUCUCGGGCGGAAACCUGGGCCAGAAAUAAGACAAGAUGGCGGCCAAGGAGAGCGUUGUUGUGUCAUCAUCUGUGGGGAAUACUAGAAGUGUUUGUGUUCAACUUCAUCCUUUAGUUAUCAUGAAUAUAUCAGAUCACUACACAAGAAUAAGAGCGCAAGCAGAUGGCGGCAAUCCCCAAGUAUUUGGUGCAUUACUUGGCACACAGGAAGGAAGAAGCAUGGAGAUACUAAAUUCAUUUGAAUUACAAUAUGAUAUGGUUGACACUGAUGUCAUUAUUAAUACAGAUUAUUACCAUGCUAAAGCAGAGCAAUUUUCGCAGGUUUUUAAAGACUUGGAUUUUCUUGGCUGGUACACAACAGGCAGUACAGCAAAUGAAACUGACCUUAAAGUGCAUCAACAGAUGUGUCAUAUCAAUGAAAGCCCUGUUUUACUCAAACUUAACCCAGUUGCAGGGAGAAGUAAUGAGCUACCAAUCAAUAUGUACGAAUCUGUUAUUGAUGUUGAGGAUGGCAAGACGCGGAUGUUAUUCAUUGAGUUACCAUUCACGUUAGCCACAGAAGAGGCUGAGAGAAUUGGUGUGGAUCAUGUUGCUAAAAUAUCAUCAACAGGAAUAGUGGAAGGAUCAGCUUCUGAACAUUUACUCUCAAUUUAUAACUCAAUAAAAAUGUUGCAUUCAAGAAUCAAGAUAAUUAUGGAAUACACAAAAGCCGUACAACGUGGAGAGUUGCAAUCGAACCACGAGAUAAUGCGUGAUAUUCUCAGUCUUACCCAACGACUUCCCGUGAUGACAACAGAAAUGUUCAAAGGUGAUUUCUUCAAUCAAUGCAAUGAUGUCGUUUUAAUGUCAUACCUGGCAACUAUAACUAAAGGAUGUAACACAAUAAACGAGUUUAUUACAAAGUUUAAUGUUGUCUACGAUCGUCACGGCGUUGGUCGUCGAAUGAGAGGACUUUUCUUUUGAUCAUCACAACUUAAAAGGUCUAAAUUUCUUUUUUAAUUUGUGAUGGGCUAAACAAGACUAGAAAUAUCGCGAAGAAAAGAGAAGAGUUCGCCAUAAAAUCUUCCUUCCUCCACGAUAGAACCGAAAUCGUCAUCGAUGACGUAUAUAAUUCGUUUCAUUAGUAUUCUUUCAAAGGCUCGACUAAUGAAGCUGAGGCGUUACAUGUAAUCAAUCUAAAUAACUUGUAAGAAAUUUGUUUGAUUAUCUACAUUAAGAUGAAGAAUUCUGUACAAAUCAAAUUCUGAUUGCUUGAUAGCCGUGUAGAAUGAGAUAAUCCUGUACGAAGUUACAAACCAUUGUGUUACUGUAGCAAUUUUUAAAAACAAUUACCGAAUGGUUAUCGUGCUGGAUUGCAUGAUAGCAUUCUUUCGAGCAAUUUUGCUGAAAUUAGUGAUAAGUCGGGCAUUUUUUACACGUGAGUCUACAAAGUGCCCGUUAAGCAGUCUCCUUGAUCAAAUGGAUAUGUACAUAGAAAGGUUCGAAGCGAAAAAAAAUUAGCACACGUUAAACAUUGGUAAAUUUGGUAUGAUAAUUUUCCUCAUGACGAAUAUCCGCCGAUUUUAGCGUAAACAGCUUUAAGAAAUUAUAACAAUACGAAAAGGGGUCUUUAUAAGAGUCAACAGACCAUUUUAAAGAAUAAAUUUAGCCUGAAAUUAAAA